UCAGUAAUCAGAAGUUCAGAACCACCGUUGUCUCUCUCUCUCUCUCACCCUCCUGUUGGAGUUCCAAAACGAUGUCGUUAUGGAAGACGACGGUGCAGCAACCUCUUCUACUACAACAACACUCAAUGCCAAUGCAUUCUUCUUCCUUCAUUUCAACGAACACGAUGACGAUGAAUCAGAAGAAGAAGAGUACGAGUAACAGAAGAGCCCUAAUUCUAUGUUGUUCUGGUUCCAACACGUCGUCGUAUUCACCAUCUCCGUCGAUUUCAACAACAACAACAACCAGUGCUCCGCCAAUUAUAAAGCGGAGGAAGAGGUAUAGGAGGCAGUAUCCAGGAGAGAGCAUAGGAAUCACUGAAGAGAUGAGGUUCGUUGCUAUGAGACUGCGAAACGUUAAAGGCAAAAAAUACACUAAAGAUUCACUCGGUGAAGACGAAGAAAAAGACGAUAAUUUAGCUUCAGAUAAUGAUAAUGAUAAUGAUGGUGAUGAUGGAGUGACGUGGCAGCCCAGCAUGGAAGGUUUCCUCAAUUAUUUGGUUGAUAGCAAGAUCGUCUUCAACACUGUGGAGCGCAUUGUCGAUGAAUCCAGUCACGUUGCCUAUGCCUAUUUUAGAAAAACUGGAUUGGAACGAUCAGAAGCUCUUGAAAAAGAUUUAGAGUGGCUUGGGCAGCAGGGCUUUGUGAUUCCUGAACCUAGCGGUCCGGGAAUUUCUUAUGCCAAGUAUUUGGGGGAACUUUCAGAGAAGAGUGCCCCAUUGUUCAUGUGCCAUUUCUACAAUAUAUAUUUUUCGCAUAUAGCAGGAGGUCAAGUGAUAGCAAGACAGGUUUCUGAGAAGCUCCUAGAAGGAAGGGAGUUGGAGUUCUUCAGAUGGGAGGGCAAUGUUGCAGAGUUGAUAAAAGAUGUUCGUGAGAAGCUCAACGUGCUUGGAGAGCACUGGUGUCGUGAUGAGAAAAACAGAUGCCUAAAAGAAGCAACAAAGGCAUUUCGUUUCCUGGGGCAGAUUGUCCGCUUGAUCAUUUUAUGAAGUCAUCUCAAAUUACAAUUCUGAAUGUUUGUCAAGAGUCCUAUUGGACUGGAUGACUGAUGUGCAGGUGGCUGGAUCUCAGUUCUUUUCUCCCAAAGUAAAGCAAAGCUUCCUCUGAAUGACUCCUGGUAUGCUCUGGGUUUUUGAAGUUUCCCUUUUAGUCUUAUAGUGUUUUAGUGCCAUGUAGACUACUAAGUUCAUUCUUUAUGAUAUUCAAGCAUACUACCUGAUGUUGACCCGUAAGUAAAGUUACAAACCUUUUGAAAAUUGUUAACAAUAUUUUAUCUGAUGGACUAUGGAAAGAAAUUUCCUAUUGUUUGAAGAACAAACCAUGUUAUGGGUUGAUGAUCUAUUUUUAUUCUAAAAUUAAAAUUGUAUUAUGUAUUACUAUGAGACCUACUACCUGAUGUUGACCAGUAAGUUCAGUUACAAGCCUUUUGAAAAUUGUUAACAAUAUUUUAUCUGAUGGAAUAUGGAAAGAAUUGCCUAUUGUUUUGAACUAAACAUGUAAUGGGUUGAUAAUCUUAUUCUAAAAAUAAAAUGAUAUUAUCUAUUACUAAUUGACCUCAAUUUUGAAAUCCCCUUGAAACAAGGUUGUGUUUUUGCUGGUAACCACUGCGUUUCUGCCACUACACCAUUGCUACCUCACACACUUGUUGUAGGUGUUGCAGAUGGGAUUUUCACCUUGGGCACAACUUCCUUUUGUUCUCUCUCUCUCUCUCUACUAAGAAACAUACACACCCCUUUUUGGAGGUGCAAUGUGGUUUGGGUUGGUAGUGGUUUGAUUCUGGGAAAAUUAACAAUCAAAACAACCAAAUUCAACCCAAAACCAAACGGAAUUAGCUAUAGAAAUGAACCAACCCAAACCAAAUAUCUUUUUCUGGAUUGGCUCAGUUUGGUUCCAUGGGUCUCUUUUCUCUUAAAAACAAAAUGGACUAGUAUAUUAAAGAGUAGAAACAGA